GGCGCUCUUGAAGCUUGAAGGCUGCCAUCCGAUCUCCUAGUCAAUUCUCGUCUAAGCAAUUAACAAAUAUUACGAUUGCCCGGUUCAAUGUACCCUGCACGAUGACAUGACGAACACGUCCAAAUGGCAGGGCUACUACCUCCAAAGGACAACUCUUCCAGCCAGUAAUGGUGUCUUCGCAGAAGGGUAGGCAUAUCAAUUACCAUUCAGUUCCUCAGAGUCACAAGACCGUGACUUGUCAGGGACUCAGGGUAUGCCUUGGCCCCCUGCAGGAUGAUCACUCUUUUUAUACACUUUUCCUGCUCUCGUUUUAGUCACAUCGUCAGUAUUUAAGCGAAAACUAAGUUCCGACCUCUUCAAGCACACGUCCCACCAGCUGUACCGCUCGAAAAGAUAUCUGAAACAUUCAAGUCAUCCGAGUAUAUAUGUCCACGUCCAUUUCGGCAUCUCAGUGGGGUUCCCCUACCGCUUCUAGGCGGGCUCUCCUCAUUCAUGGGUUGACUAUGUCCUCACAAUCAUGGGAGGGCGUUGCUCAGCUAUUAGCAACAGAAGGGUUCUUUGUUGUCGCGCCGAAUCUCCUUGGGCACGCAUGGAGACGAGGCACCGACUAUCGUGUGUCCACCCUUGCUGAGGACCUCCGACCGUAUUUUGUCAUGGACACGUCCUACGAUGUGAUCAUAGGUCACUCUCUUGGGGGCGCGGUGACCUUAUCGCUCUUGCCAUUCCUGUCCAACACAAAAGAAACAACUGUUAUACUCCUCGAUCCUGCCCUCGAGCUCACAAAGGAGAUCGUCGACAAGUAUGAAAACUGGUUUCUGAAGGAGAUUGCCAAUCUCAGAACCGCUGACGACCACAUGGCUGAGAACCCUGCUUGGUCUCGAGGUGACAGCACAUUAAGAGCGCUGGGAAUCUCCAUGUGUGAUCAUACUGUUGUCAAGAGGAUAUUUGAGCAUAACAGGCCAUGGUCUUUUAGUGGCCUGCUCAAAAACAUUUCACCCCAAGUGAAUAUCACUGUGCUGGCAUCAGAUCCGGCGCUCGGUGCUAUUUGUCAUUUGGAGCACGUCCCGUGUGACGUGGCGAGAUUGCACGCCAAAGUUCUUAUCGGAAUUGGUCACUGGAUUCAAUACGAGAGUUUGAAUAUCAUCAUGAGUGAAAUUCCGCUACGAAGAGCAAAACUAUGAGCCGAGUACUUGCAAAGAUAUUUUUUGUGGUAUUCUGUUGCUUGUGUAAUGUAGUUUCGCAGCGAUUUCAAAACGCAAGUUAGGUUCUCUCCGCCCUAAAUAGACUAGGACUUUACGGAUGGGCAGGACCUGCCAUAUGUGCAAAGUCACCGUUUCAAUGGUAUGUCC